CUGGUUAUAGGUGAGGGUGUGUGGGGUUAUUGACCCAGUCUGCUGGUCGUUGAGUCACUCUCCCUACACACAAUCCCCGCGCUAUCUGCAGGCUCCGGCCCAGCUCUGGGCGCCGUAGGCCCCGGGCUCAGCGCUGUUCCCUCCCCGAUGGGCGGGGCCGGGACCCGGGGUCUGCCCUCGCUCGCUGCCGGGAUGUGGGGCCUCGGUCGGUCGGUACCGCUGUCAGCGUGGCUCAGGUCUGCCCGGGGGACGAUUCCUUGGGCCGCAGGGUGGGUGCGGGCUGCUGGAGGAGCGAAGCCGCCCGGUAGCGGUGAGGCGGCGGCGUUCGUGGCUCGACGGAGGCGGAGCAAGGUGCCCAAGAAUCCAACUUGGAAGCCCGAUGAGUACAGUCAGCCUCCAGAGGUGUCUAUGGAGAUGAUCGACCACCUGGAGCGCCUGGCACUUGUUGAUUUUCGGAACCAGGAGGGCGUGCGAAGGCUGGCGAGUGCCAUACAGUUUGCCAACCAGCUGCAUGGUGUCGACACUGAGGGAGCGGAGCCGAUGGAUUCAGUACUGGAGGAUCGGCCUUUGUAUUUGCGUGCGGAUGAGGUCACAGAUGGUUACUGUGUGGAGGCAGUCUUGAGCAAUGCAAGGCAUGUUGUAGAGGAAUACUUUGUGGCACCUCCAGGCAAUAUUCCACUUCCACGGAAAGAGGAGAGAGAUGAUCUUUAAUAUUUCAAAUGGUAAACAUGGACCUGCUGCUUUAUGACAGAUUUUGAGGUCAAAGCAAAAUUUCAUCAGGGAGAUUACAUCUCAUCCACUGAAGACCCAAGUGCAACAAAAUGUUCAUUUGAACUCAUGUUGAAGGGCAGUGCCAUUAUUUUUGAAAUGAUUUACAAUGCAUAAUGUUUCUCUUGUGGAAAUGUCAUUUUGUUAUUAAAUGUCACGAAGGGCCUACUAAGACACAUGCAGAAAAGAAUUGGCUCACUGGUAACAUUCCUGCCCGAGGCAGAAAGCUGUGGGUGGGAAUCUAACUCUAGAAAUUUGAGCAGGAUCUAGGUUGACACUAACACAGUUAAACAUGCUAUUUUAUUUCUGAGACAUAAAGAAGGCCAGGCAGUGUUCCUAGGUGAAAUGAAAGAUCUUGUGGCACACUUUUGUUGAGUCAUCAUCCCAGAACUACAAAAAACACUUUAUUGAAAGGUGCUUAUGAAGUUGUUUAAGACUGCUUGCAAGUCAUAAUUUAAAAUUUCACCCAAAAGACUGCUUUGCUGGCCCACUCCUGUCUUUGAAAUGCCAGUUCAGAAAAAUGCAUCCACAUCGACUGGCUGGGGGUGCUACCAUUCUUCUAAACAGAUAAGCAUCUGUACCAUCACCAACAUUCUCCAUAACCUGAAUUUGGGAACCUUCCUUUUUAAAAUCAAUUUUCAACAUAAUUGAAGUUAGUACCUAUUAGCUUAUUUUCAGUCCAUUUGGUCUUAUUAAUGGUAUAUAUGAAUAACUGUAUUUGAGGGUUAAAGGCUCAGAAAUAAACACACCAGUUCCCUGGCUACUUUUUUAUUUAAUAAAAAGGGAAGUGUGUAAGUUAGCUGAAGCCAGUAAAGAUUGACACAGUCAAUAAUAAAAAGAAAAAAAAACAAGUUUAUUCAAAGCAUCGCACGAAAUAUAGAACUGAAGGAAAAAAAAACUAACCGCCAGUGAUGGAAUGUGGAUUAAAAAGAAAA